ACCGGAAGAAAAUGGCAGCCAGAACCCCCUCCAGUGAUUCCCCUCGCACAACUCACUCUUGUGGAGGAUACUUUAUAUACGGGUCAAAAUCUUACAGUUGGUGUAAUAAAACUGGAUGAAGGAGAUCACCAGAGGCGUGAAUGGGGGAAGAGUCCAGCUGAAUCAGUUGUGAAAUUGCUUGGUGAAGCACAACUCCAGCUCCAGACUGAAAUGCUACAAGUAAAUAAUGGUAAUCUUCAAACCAAUAAAGUUGAAAAUGAAAAGCUGUCACAAGAUCAGGAAACAUGCAAAACCUCUUCUGUGAAUAUGGACAUGGAUAUAAUCUCACCUAAUGAACGAACAGUACCUGUGGUUGAAUGUCCGACUUCCUUAGACAUGGCUUCCAUAGUCACCACUUCUAAUGAGACUGAGGGCCCUCUUUGUGGUGAACUUCAAACCAAAAAAGAAGAGCUACAAGGCCAAAAUAAUUUGCAGGAUGAUGAAACAAGUAAAGGCUUUCCUGUAGAUGAGGGCUCUUUAAUUUCACUAAUUGAUGUGAACUCACCUUUGCCAGAAGAGCAUCUUUCUCCAAAGCAGGAACAAGAUGACGUGGUUUCUGAUCUUACCCAGGCUGUUCAACAACCAUGUGAGGAGCCUGAGGAUUUGGAGGCUGAAAUGCUGGAAGAUACCAAAGGAAAUGCAAGUGAUGAGCGUCCUGUCAAGGCCAUGAGUGUUUGGAAUGAGCAAGCCAAAGAAGAAAGUGAGGAAGAAAAGCAUCCUGUGCAUGACCAUGAAUCUCCCAGAAAAGAUGUUCAGCAAGAUACAGCCGACUCUGAAAGUGAACAUGGAAUGGAUAAUGAUAUUGGAAACUCCACUUCACCCAAAGCAUUAUUCAGUAGAGUUCCUCUCCCUCAUAAUGUUGUUACCCCUAAUGUUUCUGCCCAGUCUUCAUUUGAUGAUUCCUUGCCACCUCGUUCCCGAUCUGCAUCUCCAGUUAAAACCAAAGGCAAGACAGCACUAUUAAUUGGGCUCUCAACUGGUUUGUUUGAUGCCAAUAAUCCAAAGAUGCUGAGGACUUGCUCAUUGCCUGACCUUUCAAAACUGUUCAAGACCUCGGUAGAGAUGUACCAAGUGUGGCUGAUUUGCAGGGGGAAGAGCAACUGGAGAUAGAAGAAAUUGAGGAUGAACCAGCACAAGAUGCAGAUCAUUCAGAUUCUGAAGACACUAUGUUUGGGGAUACAGACAGAGACUUACAGGAGCUGCAGGCAUCAAUGGAACAGUUAUUAAGAGAGGAUUCCCAAGAAGGGGACUGUGAAGCUGAAGAGGCUGGAGAUGAACUACUACCCAGUAAAAUGGAGGAGGAGGAGGAAAAUAAUGAGGGAGUGCAGGAGGCUGAAGCAGAAGAUGAAGAGAAUCCGCAGAGCAGUGAAAGCAUAAUUAAUGAGGAGUGGCAUUCAGAUGAUAGCAGUGUGGAUUUUGAAAGUGAAUGUGAUGAUGGUGACAGUGUCUUUGGUCAUCUGGAGGAAAUGAGACUUAAAUUGGAGCAAGAGAUUGGCUUUGAUAAGUUCAUUGAAGUUUACGAAAAAAUAAAGGCCAUUCACGAGGAUGAAGAUGAAAAUAUUGAUACAUGUUCAACAAUUGUGGAGAGUAUUCUGGGCAGUGAACACCAGUACUUAUAUCCCAAAAUCCUUCGUUUAGUUAUGGCUGACGGCGCCUAUCAAGAAGACAACGAUGAAUAA